AGACUGUAGUUGCAUUUCCGCCGAAAUCUUCCAUGAUUACCCGGUUCAGUGACGGAGAAUAGGUGAGGUUGCCAUCUGUUUUUUCGGGAAACAUCAGCGAAAUGUAGCAGAUUGUGGAUGCAAAGAGUUCAAAUUUGUCCCUGUGACGAAAAACGAGACAGCCAAUCAGAAUUCUCCAGGCUGUAGAUGACAGAGAAGAUGACUGCGAGCACAGCCAACUACCUGUGGUCUUUGGGAGAUGUGCUUGGUCAGGGGGCCACAGCCAGUGUCUACAAGGCCCGCAACAAGAGGACAGGGGAGCAGGUUGCGGUGAAGGUGUUUAACCAGUUGAGCUACAGCCGUCCGUACGAGGUUCAGAUGAGAGAGUUUGAAAUGCUCAGGAGACUCAACCACAACAACAUUGUCAAGCUCUUCUCUGUGGAGGAGCUGAGCAAUAAACAAAAGGUGUUGGUGAUGGAGUAUUGUUCAGGAGGCAGUCUGCUCAGUCUGCUGGAAGAGCCAGAGAACACCUUUGGUCUGCCUGAGACAGAGUUCCUCAUAGUACUACAGUGUGUGGUGCAAGGGAUGAACCAUCUGCGUGAGAAGGGGGUGGUGCACCGGGACAUUAAGCCUGGGAACAUCAUGCGUCAGGUGGGAGAGGACGGGAGGUCCGUCUAUAAGCUAACAGACUUCGGAGCGGCCAGAGAACUAGAAGAUGAAGAGAAGUUUGUCUCCAUCUACGGAACAGAGGAAUACCUGCACCCAGACAUGUAUGAGCGUGCAGUACUGCGUAGGCCCCAGCACAAGGCCUAUGGUGUGAGUGUUGACCUGUGGAGUAUUGGAGUGACGUUUUACCACGCUGCCGCCGGUUCUUUACCCUUCACACCCUACGGAGGACCCCGCAGGAACAAACCCACCAUGUUUAAGAUCACCAAAGAGAAGCCAGUAGGGGCCAUUGCUGGAGUUCAGAAGGUCAACGACGGACUUAUAGAGUGGAGCUACCAGCUACCAAACAGCUGCCUGCUCUCAAAGGGUCUGAGGUGUCAGCUAGUCCCAGUGUUGGCUGGGAUACUGGAGGCAGACCAGGAGAAGUGUUGGACAUUCGACCAGUUCUUUUCUGCCACCACAGAGAUACUACAGAGAGUCUCGGUCUAUCUGUUCUCCCUGCAACAGGCCACAGCUCACCGCUUAUACAUUCCCCACUACAACACGGCGGCCAUCUUCUGUGAGGAAGUGGCGUCUCAGACAGGGGUGGGGCUGGAGCAACAGUACUUCCUGUUCCUGGGACAUGACCUUUCCCUGAAGGGCUCUAUGAAGGUGGUCAACUUCCCCUCCACCUCGCCCUCCCAGCCGCUACUUCUGCUUAGUCGCACUCCAGAGACACACGCUGGCCUCCCCUUCAGAGAACCUGAGAUGCCCAACAUCCCAUCCCGGUUUGACAUUAUGGCAGACUAUUCUUUCUCCAAGUUGAUAGUAGGAGUGGUCUAUCAGUACCUGAGGAUAGUGCGUUCCUUACACACACACAGAGAACUGUUCCUACAUGGAUACUACAGCUACAUGGAGAAGGUGGGUAGGGAGUGUGGUGACUCGCUGCUGACUAUCAGCAUGGUCAACAUGAGACUGCACUCCUGCCUCAGUUCUGAGCACAGACUACACACCCUAAGACAGUUCCCCCUGCAAGCCCCAGACUCCACUGACGACAGCAAGAAGCUGCGACUGAUCAGGGAGAACCUGCCAGUGUACGCCGGAGCGAUCCGGGAAUUCCAGACCCGUCUAGAACACAUGCAUGUAGAACUGGCCAAACACUCUGAGAAUCUGGCUGAGGACAACAGCAUCCAGAAGAUGGAGUUCCUCCUGGAGAAGAUCAUGGCCAUCCACCAACAGUACCGCAAGGACCGACUGACUGGAAAGCUUGCCUACAAUGAUGAGCAGAUACACAAGUUUGAGAAGAUCCACCUGUCGUCCCAUAUAAAGCGUGUGAAGGUUCUGUUUAGAGAAGAAUGUCUACAGAAGUAUCGAGACCUGCUGGACACCGCAUCGACCUGGAGCAGUGUUCUCCGUGAGAUGCAAUGCAGGCUGUCAGACUUUGGCAAUUUCUCCCGAGGGCUGAUGGGGGACCUGGAGAUGUGUGAGGAGCGCCAGAACAAGUUCCUGGACAGAGUCCUGCUCAGAGUCCAGCCAGGACAGACAGGCCCAGGGGGUCAGGAGGCCACACCCAGGGACAAGGACCACAUGGUCCUCAGGAUGCAACAGCUAAAGGAGGAGAUGGAGAUAGUGGUGAGAGAGUUGCAAUCCAACAACAACAUCAUUGAGAGUCUGGGAGCUGUAACCUCUGCAACUAUGCUGGAGCCUGAUCUACCCAGACCCAUCGGACUGUGACCAGACAACCACACACACACUCAGACAGACAGACAGAUGAACAGACAGACAGACAGAUGAACAGAUGAACAGACAGACAGACAGAUUAACAGACAGACAGACCAAUUAACAGACAGACAGAUUAACAGACAGACAGAUUAACAGACAGACAGACAGAUUAACAGACAGACAGACGGAAGAGAGAGGGGUAGAUAGAUUCCCUCAUCUACCCAGUGCUCCUGCUGAAAUGGGUCAAACGGAGGCUCAGGACCAAGCCAAUAUGGUCUCAUUAGUAUGUGUGUACCAUGAUUAAACCCAUAAAUGAACCACUGGACGUGUGAAAUCAUAAUGCGAUUUAAACAUUUGUUUAUGUUGAAAUGAUUUCCCGGCUACAAAGUCACAAGGGAGAACAUACAGUGGGUGACAUCAGCUGCCUUCAGACAUGAAACAUGAGGAAAUGACAUGCAGAGAAAACACUGGCAGAGCACACACACACAUACAGACAGACAGUAACCUGCCAAUUGAUUAGCUAUUUAGCAGUCUUGUUUAGAAGUCUUAUGGCUUGGGGGUAGAAGUUGCCGCAUGGCACCAUUUUUGGGGCCUUCCUCUGACACGGCCUGGUAUAGAGGACCUGGGUGGCAUGGAGCUCGGCCCCAGUGAUGUAUUGGCCAUACGUACAUACACCGUGCCAAGCGGUGAUGCAGCCAGUCAAGAUGCUCUCGAUAACGUUUUGAGGAUUUCAAGGCCCAUGACAAAUCUUUUCAGCCUCCGGACUUCACUGUGCAAUUACUGAAUAUCUACAACCUCUCAAUUUGACUCAGUGCCAACUGGUUUGAGAAUGACUGAUGAAGAGUAGGCUGACAAACAGGAAGUUUUCCUGAGUAAACAAGAAACAACUAAACUCAUCACAAUGUAAACUAAAUACACUUUAAUAAUGUGAAAGUGAAAGGUAUUUGUGUUUGAGCCUUAUGUGUUUGAGCCUUAUGUGUUUGAGCCUUAUGUGUUUGAGUCUUAUGUGUUUGAGCCUUAUGUGUUUGAGCCUUAUGUGUUUGAGCCUUAUGUGUUUGAGCCUUAUGUGUUUGAGCCUUAUGUGUUUGAGCCUUAUGUGUUUGAGCCUUAUGUGUUUGAGCCUUAUGUGUUUGAGCCUUAUGUGUUUGAGCCUUAUGUGUUUGAGCCUUAUGUGUUUGAGCCUUGUGUGUUUGAGCCUUAUGUGUUUGAGCCUUAUGUGUUUGAGCCUUAUGUGUUUGAGCCUUAUGUGUUUGAGCCUUAUGUGUUUGAGCCUUAUGUGUUUGAGCCUUAUGUGUGCGUAGUUGGGUGUUUGUGACAGGGGUGUUCUGCAAACCAUUGGGGGAAUUUCUGUCUCGUGGGGAACAAGCUCACUACGUCAUGUGGUUUCUUAUAAAACAGAUGAUGUAUUGUGACAUGGAAAUGUUUAUACUUUUCCUAAUCGUAACACAGCAGGCUAAAUGGUUAGCAUUUGUACUUCUUCAUAAGAUAUGUACGUGGAUGGGUUCACUGAUGUCUAUCCCAUGUUUAUAGGUUCUAUGUACUGUAUGCUAAUGACAACAGAACAAGUUCAGAAGUU